CACUCAGAGUUCACUGUCUGUCACAGUGUGAGUGCACAACAGCAAGAAGGGCUGUGCCUCGUGGGUUUGGUUAAGGUACCUCAUUAGUUGAACCACUUUCAACAUGACUGCUGUUUAUCGUCUGGUCAUUGUGCGCCACGGUGAAAGCUCCUGGAACCAGGAGAACCGCUUCUGUGGCUGGUUCGAUGCUGACCUCAGCGAGAAGGGCAUGGAGGAGGCCAAGCGUGGUGCUCAAGCCAUCAAGGAUGCAGGCAUUAAGUUUGACAAGUGCUACACCUCUGUGCUAAAGCGUGCCAUCAAGACUCUGUGGACCAUCAUGGAGGGCACUGACCAGAUGUGGCUGCCAGUGGUGCGCAGCUGGCGCCUGAACGAGCGUCACUACGGCGGCCUGACAGGCCUGAACAAGGCAGAGACCGCAGCCAAGCACGGAGAGGAGCAGGUGAAAAUCUGGAGGCGCUCCUUCGACAUCCCACCUCCACCCAUGGACAAAGACCACCCCUACUAUAAGAUCAUCAGCGAGUCCAGGCGCUAUAAAGGUUUAAAGGCGGGCGAACUGCCCGCCUGUGAGAGCCUGAAGGACACCAUUGCACGCGCCCUGCCCUUCUGGAAUGAGGUCAUUGUCCCCGAGAUCAAGGCUGGCAAGAACGUCCUCAUCGCAGCCCAUGGCAACAGUCUGCGUGGGAUUGUGAAGCACUUGGAAGGCAUGUCAGAUGCAGCCAUCAUGGAGCUGAACCUGCCCACAGGUAUUCCUAUUGUCUACGAGCUAGACAAGGACCUGAAGCCUGUGAAGCCCAUGCAGUUCCUUGGCGAUGAGGAGACAGUGCGCAAGGCCAUGGAGGCCGUGGCUGCCCAGGGCAAGGUGAAGAAGUGAAUCCAGAGAAAGACAGAAAGACUGAAACCACUCAAAUCUGCCCGGUUUCGCCUCCCAUUCAUCCUCCUCAACUCCACUGAAGUCCAUUCCUCCAUGGGCCUGCCAUUGACUCAUCACAGUCUCAGACUGCUCUAGUGCCAUCUGAAUGGAUGGGAGUGUACAUGCUAUGGGCCUGCCUGCAAAACCUUCUCCAAAAACACGUUACCUUUAAGACCCUGAAGCACAGCUUCACUCUUGAUUGAUUGGCAAAGCCCUUGUGUUGGGGUGCCUCCACUCUGACACAGCAAAUAAAGCCACCACCAUUUUGUGUACAUCCUU